ACCCCUGCUAGCCCUGGUCAGCUCCUGUGUCCACUGGGUGGUUUGACUGAGGAGAUGGAGGCCAGGAGGAACGUUCUGGACAAAGGCUGACUUGCUUUCUCUGCCCACAGAGCUCCCAGCCAGCUCUGGAGGCCGGCAAAGCACAGUGACCGCACAGGAGUGGCUGAGCAGGGCAGUGGGGACAGGCAGAACUGCCAGUUCAGUUGGAACAGGAACAGACCUUGCUGUAGGUACUUGUGUAACUUUCUAAACUGAAACCUGGAGUCAUUCACUGGGCUGGUAUGUUUAACCAAAUGUUUACUUUUCUCAAACAGAUCUGUCUCUUGGUGCCAUGAGCACCUGAGAGGAAAAUACAACAGAUUAUUUCUCUGUCUGAUGUUGCUUUUAAUAGAUUUUCAUACACAGGGAAAGGUUUAACAUUUGUAUUCCCAAAGACCCAGGCAUAUCUUGACUGCAUGGUGAUGAUUAUAUUCUUUUUAGACCCACCUGUUAGCAGCUGCAUUAACUUAUAGCAAAGCACAGUCCAGUAACUCAUUGCUGCUUCUACUUCUUUUGUGAUUUCCUCUUCCAUCUCUGCUCAGUGAUAGAUUGUCAGACACAUCACAUUACCGUGGACAGCCAGUGAAGCACAACUCAGGUUUGUAACUGCCCUAGGAAGAUCCAGAUUUCAGGACCCUCAAGCUGCCCCACAGGCAGUAAGGGGAAGACUGUUUUGAAGCAGACUGUUUCUGUCUCCUGCAGCAUCCAGUGUUUUAAAUAGAUGUUCUGCAGCUAUAGCCUUUUCUUUGUCUUCCACCCUUUUUGGCAGAUCCCUUUCAGUGGUGGGGUGUCUUGGAAAUGGAAGCAGGUUUGGGAUCCCUUCUGUCUGUGUUACCUGAGAAUCUGCCUGAUUUCUUUAGUGUUAUAUUUGGAAAAAUGUCCACUAGAUACUCUGCACUUGUCUGUGCCUGCUGCCUUCUCUGCUCAGUUUUGAAUGCUGUGGAUGGGUCACCUUGAAGUCUUCCCUCUAGUGCUCAGAAUAAGCUUGACGGCCUGAGCCUUUUCUCAAAGCAAAUACCAGAUCCGGGGGCUGCCCUCAUUUCUCUGCUUUGCAGAUUCCCUUGGGUUCAUGUACCGUUCCAGGGCCAGCAGGACCUUUGGAGGAGCACUCUCAGCAUGGACAGCAGGAUGGGAGGUGUCCUUCCCGCGGGCUGGGAAGGCUCAGCUGCUGCUCAAGGGGGGUCAGUCAGCACGUCCAGCCCCACGAGGAGCUGCUGGCACAGGUGGGUUCUGUGCAGCCCUUUCCCAAGAGCCCCUCCCUGGACGUAGGGUGGUGUGUCCACACCCAGGGCUGCCCUGAGGACACUGCUCAGGCUUUUCUGCUCUGCACCUGCUUGCUCUUCCUGCUGUGGCUGGCUGCAGUCAACAGCAUCCUGGGUCAGGGCUGCUCCUUAACUGACAGGUGAGGCUUGUGCUCACACAAACUGGAGUACUUGGCCUUUGGCCUGGGACAGAGCCAGGUCAGUUCUGGGUACUGUUUCUCAGUGAGAAGAAAUACUGAGCUCUACCUCUGCCCUGGUUUAGCAGCCUGGAGUAUGUGCACUCACUCUCUGCUGCUCAGUUGCAGCAGUGGUGGACACUGCCUAACCCCCACCAAUAUUCCCAAAUCCAGGCUGCUGAUGAAUGAAGUUGGUUGCCAUCUCAUGCAAAUGUCUGCAGAUCAUCUGCAGCCUCACAAGAGCAGUGCUGUAGUUGUUUCACUGGCUUGGUCUCCAUUCAUGCUUGCAAGAAUGUUGUCUAAUAAGAGGAUAUAAAAACAUUUUUUCUCUGAGAUAUAGCCCUCAUGGGGAAAGACCUGUCCUGAGAAUAAAUCCAUUUUUCGGUGGAUGUGGAUCAGGCCCUGGACACCAGCGGUUCAAAGCAGACUUUUCCUUUGAGUAUUUGCUGUCACUUUUUCUUUACAGCAGGAUAUUUAUAGGUGCAAUUUUCUUGGAAAUCUACAGAGGAGGACUGGAAGUGUCUGAGAACUUUUGUUAGUCAGCAAUUUAUGUUGCUGUGGAAACGCUGUAGCAGGGCUUGGGAAAACUGCCUGGAGAAAAGGGUGUUUGCCAAAGGUGCCAGCAGCAAUGUGCAUCUCUGGCUGGUUCCUGGCUUACCUAAACCUGCGCCUCAGGCACGUCCUUCACAGCGGCUGCUGCUGUGUCAUAGGGGUGACACAUUUUGGGGUUUUGUGCUGCUGGUCACUAUUUCCUUCUGUAAACCCGCUCUGUCACUCCUCUGAACUAUGAGCAUGGUCCUGCCAGUCUCCCCUCUGAUCCAGGAUGAUGUGCUGGGUACCUGAGUGCUGUUGAAGUUCUCCUCGGUGGGGUUGCUGGCUGCAAAGGUAAGUAGCAACGUUGGCGGGGGCGAGAGGGAGGCUGGUGAGGCCUCGCUACUCAAAAGGAGUUACAGUGACUUGGUGAAUGCAUUUGCACACCAACUUGGCUUUUUUCCCUGCCAGAGCUGACCAGGUACACCUGCUGUUCCAUAGCCCUUUGGCAAGUGGAAGGCUUGGUGAGGAGGGGUCAACUGCCGACUCAUCCUGUUAGUUUAUAAAGCGGUUGCAAAUCUGCUCCUUGCUGUUCUUUUCCUGCCUUUUUUUUUUUUCCUACACUGGAGAAAAGUACUUGCAGGAAUAGAGCAGGGAGGAAGCACAGAGGAUUUUCUUGGUGCCAGAAAGCAGAAUCAGGGCUGUGUGGAUGGGAUGUGACAGGCACAGAGGAUGGCCCACCCUACUGCCCCAGCCUUUUCCUUACAAUCUGUGAGUGGAUGCCUCUCUUGCCCUGUGUUGCAGGCUGCUGGAAAGGCAUUAGUGGGUUCUCCCUUGUUGUUUUUCUUUUUUUUUUCCCCCUCUUUCUUUAAACAAAAUGGAAAGGUCACAGUCUCCUGAGCUGCCUUCUCGCUGCCUGAAUUGUGACAGGGAAACUAAAAAAGGCACCUGUCCAUGGAUGAGCCUAAUGAUUCUCCCUCACACUGAAGAGGAAAGCUCACCCUUAUCUGGGUGUUCUCAGAUGUUCCCUCUGUCUGAUGGGAGUCUGUCUAUCCAUCACAGUAUUGUUCUUCCCCCAGCUGUGGCUCCAGUGCUGGGAGGAGGAAGAUAUAAAGCUGCCUGGGAGGUCUGCAAGGGUGACAGAAGACAGGAUCUCUCAGGCCGCCAGGAAUGCAUCGCUGGGUUCAGACACGGUUAUCCCCUGUGUGGUAUCUCAGUGGAGUGCCUGGAGUGGCUGUGCAGAGCCUUGCAAGACAACGUAUCGUGUCCGGACGAGGCACAUUGUCCAGGAGCCCAGGAACGGGGCAGAGGCAUGUCCUGCUCUGGAGGAGAGGGCUGGCUGUGUGGAGUACUGGACUCAGCAAGGAACAGAGUGCAAACAGUCCCUGAUCCCGGCAUUAAUAACUACGGGAGGGUUUGGAAAAGUGAGGAAGAAAAGAGCUGCAGCUGAUGGCAAGGAAAGAGCAGGGUACUGUGUUGAGUUCCAGCUGGUGGCCAUCACGCCGGGCUGCCUGCACAGCCACCACUCGUACACCCGCUGGAUGCGCUACCUCAGGGAGGGCCACACGGUCUGUGUGGAGUGUCAGCACCCGGCCCUGGACUCCAGAAGUCAGCAUUGCUCCGGGGAUGGCACUGGGAGCAGAAAGAAUCAGCUGUUGCACUGGCAGGCGGUGGGGAACCCUCGAUGCAAGGGAACCUGGAGGAGAAUUCGCCAGCUGGACACUUGCUCCUGCCCUUCUGUUCACAGCUUCUUGUUCAUCUGACUUCCCCAGGCAGCCCCAGUGCACCAGGGCUGUGGUGCCUCCUCUGGCAGCAGCGGGAGCCCCAGGCAAAGCAGCGACUGCUCCGUGUCAGAGGGGGCACCCACAAUCCUCUGUCUGUCUGUGCUCCUCGAUUUCCAAAGAAAUCAGGCUGGCUGGGAAGUGCCAGUCUCUUUCUUCCCUGAGAGAGACAUGUCUGACCCUGAUGACUUCUUGCAAAUCCCUCCUUUCUUGAGAGGAUAGAGAAUUUACCAAAUAACAAAUACGACAAUAAAGGCCGUAAGAACCCAGGUUUAAUUCUUCUUUUUCUAAAGUCUCAAUGAAGAAUCAACAAUGCAAAGUAAAUUAACUCAAGUGCCUCCUUUUCAUGGCAAUAGCACUUUGUGGAUGCUUCCUGCUUGUGCUUCUGUAUCUUUUCCUUCUGUUUUCACCCUCCCUGGUCUCAUCAUUUCAUACUGACCCUCAUUCUUAAAGAGGGUUGAUCUUGCACUGCUGAGUUAAUGUCAGAACUUAGAAAUGAGUCUGCUCAAAUCUGUGAGAAUAGCAGAUAUCAGGGACAAAUUGGCCCUUGGACUUAAGGUUUCAAGGAGCAUCUCUUGAGUUGCCCCAAAAUGCAGUGCAGUCCUGGGGCUCUAAAUAGGAAGGGCUGGCUAUAGCCUUGUGGUUCUGACUGGGAAAUACUUGAAAUAUUUUCCUUAAAAUCUGCUGAUUUCUAUUCAUACUUUUCUAUAAAUGAAAAUAAAGGAGACUGAAGAUAUUA